AUGUUUGGGGCUCCUGUACUAAGCAAAAUAAACACAGUGGUGGUGGGUUUUUACCAUGGCAGCAGGGAGUGGCGGAGGGAGCUGUUCCGGUGGGGUAUUCCAGCGAAGACUGGAGAUGAGGUGUUGGGGUCGAGUUCACGUGGGAUGAAUCUCAUCGGAGCUUCUUUGGUGGGGACCUCCCAUGUCACUGCAACCUUGAUGGUGUUGAAACGGGUGGUGGGUUUGGAUGGUUUGAUGUUGUUGAAGGAGGUGAGUUGUGAUUAUUUCCAUGGGGAGAGAACCCAUGGAGAGGCUGGUGAAAGCUUCUACUCAGGAAGUCAAGGUUGUGAAUGUGUCUGGCAAGCCACACAUGUACACACACAUGCUGCAAUACAUCUUACCCCUUUCAUACGACUCACAUGCUUAAGAGGUUGCUGA